GUUGAAGGUGCGUUUCGUUUGCAAGAGCUUAACCCCUGAAUUAAACCCCAGUUGAUACAACACAAGACGCAGCCAAAUACAGAGUCAGUUCCCUCCAAUUUCCAUUCACCGAAACAAUGAAAGCCUUCACUUCAACACUCAGAUCCAUGAGAAGAACCCUACACUCACCACAACCGCCAUCAAUAACCGUCUUCCAUCGCUUCUUCUCCGCGCAACCGCACGCCGAAACCGAAACUGAAACCGAUUCCAACUCGGUCUUCGACAGUUCCCACUUCGACCUCCCACAGGAGAAGACAGAGCGUGAGAGUGGGCCCACGUGGGACCAUAAGUACAGGACACGUGCGGACCAGUUGGUGUUCGGCGGAGAGGGCCCCAACGGGAAGCUUAAGCUCAAGGAAGAGGAGGACGAGAGGCGGCGCAGGGUUCUCGCGAAGGUUCUGCUCGAGGCGGCUGUCGAUGGAAGAAGAGACGAUGAGGAAGAAGAUUCCAAGGGUUUGGGAGUGGUGAAGGAAGAGGACCAGAAAUCGUUAUCGGUUGGAAUCAUUGGUGCCCCCAAUGCCGGCAAGUCUGCACUCACUAAUUAUAUGGUUGGGACAAAGGUUGCAGCUGUGUCACGGAAGACAAACACAACAACUCAUGAAGUUGUCGGAGUGUUGACAAAAGGGGAUACCCAAAUUUGCUUUUUUGAUACACCAGGGCUUAUGUUAAAUUGCAGUGGAUAUCCUUAUAGGGAUGUCAAGGUUCGGGUGGAAAGUGCAUGGAGUUCAGUCAAUCUCUAUGAAGUACUCAUAGUUAUUUUUGAUGUUCACAGACAUAUUACCAGGCCUGAUACAAGAGUAGUAAAAUUAAUUAAGCGUAUGGGAGCUCGAAUGGUUCCAAAUCAAAGGCGUGUUUUGUGUAUGAACAAGAUUGAUUUAGUAGAGAAAAAGAAAGACUUGUUGAAGGUUGUGGAAGAAUUUAAAGAUCUUCCUGGAUAUGAGAGGCAUUUUAUGAUAUCCGGACUGAAGGGGGCUGGAGUAAAAGAUUUAACUCAAUACCUGAUGGAGCAGGCGGUUGAACGACCCUGGGAUGAAGAUCCUUUCACCAUGAGUGAGGAAGUUAUGAAGAUGAUAGCUUUAGAAGUUGUGCGGGAAAGAUUAUUGGACCAUGUACAUCAGGAAAUUCCCUACGAUAUUGAACAUCAUUUGAUUGACUGGAAAGAGUUACGAGAUGGUUCUCUCAGGAUUGAGCAACACUUCAUUACUAACAAACUAAGCCAACGCAAGAUUCUCGUGGGGAAGAAUGGCUCAAAGAUUGGGAGAAUAGGAAUUGAGGCCAAUGAAGAGCUAAGGUCCAUUUUCAAAAAGCAGGUGCAUCUAAUUCUCCAGGUUAAGCUUAAAUAAUGAACCAGACAUAAAUAGAUUUGAUGUUGAAACUGUGCCUUAGCUGCCACAUCAUUCUAUGCCGCUUGUAAAAUGCGGAAGGAGUUGCCUCACCCUGACUUUCAAAGUACAGAGCUUACAAAACCAUGCCUGAUGUAUCGGUGAUCAUGGACAAAAACCAUUGCCAUGAAGAAACAGGAUGAGAAAUUGAGAAGCAAAAUGGUGAUCAUGCACAAACUGUGUAUGUCAUUAUAUAUGGCUGCCAAUUCAUUAUUACGUUUGUAGUGCUCAUGAGUCAGGAAUUUAAAAAGAAAUUUCCAUCUUUCAUCGUUUAUUGUAUACAUGUUUCAUCUCAAAAAUACAACUAGGGUAUUUGGUCUAGUUGUACUGUGGCCUUUGGGUACCCUCCAAUGCCCCUUUUAUUUACCCUAUCCACUUUGUGAGACAGCACUGUUUUAUUGUAUAAUAAUGAUUUGUACAGAAAUUUUGAUGAUAA